AUGAGCUCCAACUCCCCUAAGGAUUUUGUGGAAAGCCUAAAGGGGCGUGCCGUAAUAGUACGACUGAAUAAUGGGUCAGAUUACAAAGGAAUUUUGGCUUGCCUAGAUGAACGUAUGAAUGUUGCACUAGAACAAACUGAGGAAUUCUUCGAAGGUGAAUUUAUUGAAAAGUAUAAUGAUGCAUUUAUUCGUGGAAACAAUGUCUUUUACAUACGAGCUAUUGAAGACGAGUAG